UCGUAACUAGGAACUGGUGGGUGGGGCUGGUAGCUGGGGGUGACUGCCUGUUGGUGGUGUGGUUACUGUGACUGGGAAACACAAGUGACAAGAAAAGGAGUCGGGAAGGUGCUGUAUUUGGGCUACUCCGAUCAAAAAUGGCCUCUGUUCUUCGUAAGCCUGGGUUAGGUGCCACUCAGCGUAGGAGAAUAGGAGCAAAACCUGAACUAACAGAGGAACAAAAACAGGAGAUCCGUGAAGCAUUCGAUUUGUUUGAUACUGAUGGAUCUGGCACCAUUGAUGUCAAGGAACUAAAGGUAGCUAUGCGGGCUUUGGGAUUUGAGCCCAAAAAAGAGGAAAUGAAAAAAAUUAUAUCCGACACCGAUAAAGAUGGUUCUGGAAUUAUUGAUUUUGAGGACUUUUUAUCUCUCAUGACUCAAAAAAUGAGUGAAAAAGACUCAAAAGAGGAAAUUAUGAAGGCUUUUCGUCUAUUUGAUGAUGACAAUACUGGCAAAAUCUCUUUCAAAAACUUGAAAAGGGUAGCUAAGGAACUGGGAGAAAACCUUACAGAUGAAGAGCUACAGGAAAUGAUUGAUGAAGCCGAUCGUGACGGAGAUGGUGAAAUUAAUGAACAAGAGUUUCUUAGAAUUAUGAGAAAGACAAGCCUUUGCUAAAUAACAACAGGAACAUAUUGCCGACAUUUUUUGUUUAACUUUUGUUUUUUUACCUCACUUUAAUUCUACAUGAACAAUAUUUUAUAUUUUCUUGUCUUAUUUAAUUCCAUUAAAAAUGCCUUAAAACAUCUACACCAUCUUUGUGAAACAGCACUGAUAAAUGCGUUUGAGGGACUGUUUCCCUUGUGCAAUCUAACUGUUACGUGAGUCAUGGUCACUCUGAAAGGGCAGUUUGUCAUGCCAGAAGUUUGGUGACUUUGCUUUUGGAAAAAUGAAUGAGCAGGAUGUUUUUUAAUUAAAUGAGAAUUUAUGAGGAAUGAGGGUAUGCCUACAGAGUUAAAACAUUAUUAGCUAGCAGCAAACACAAUGUAUAUUUAACCACUGCUAAAAUAUGCUGAGUUGUCAAUGUUGUCAAAAUGCAUUUGGAAUGUUUUUACCAAGGCUCGGUGGUCACUUUCUGUUGUUCCAAUGAUUUCUGUUCACUGCAUGAACAAUAAAAAAGUGGCCAAAAAGCAUGUUGCCCCUCAUAUACUCUUCAGCAGUUGGGCCCUUGGGCUGAACGGUCAGAGAAUGUACCAGGAGUCAUUUAUAAACACUAAGUAAACUUGCACCUGGGCAGUAAUUCAUGGAAUCAGAUGACUGCUUUUGGUGUUCAACCUGCAGCGGGCUGGAAAAAUCUAACCGUGGUUACUAUGGGUUACUGCUCAGGUGCAAAUUUGCCCACUGUUUAUAAAUAAGCCCCACCAUAUCUGCCUGUGUAUGGCAGCCUUAAGAUGUCUAUCUGGUGGAUAGUCAUACUCAUGUAAUAAUUGAUAGUAUGCAAAGAGUAAUGAUUUAGUGAAAAAGAUGGGUAAAUAAUUGCCUCAAAAAGAACAUAAAAUGGUGGUGUACCUUUAGUGUAAUCCUGUAUAAUCUUUAUGUUCUUUGUAUUGCUUUGAGGCCACCUUUUAUCCAUUUCCUUCAUUCCAUCACAGCUUUUUGUACACUGUAUAUUUUUUGAGUGUUUGUUUGUUCUGGAGACAUGUGUUUUUUUUGUAUGACCAUAUACCUGUACUAAAUUAAAGACAUCUGAGGGGGUGGGUAAAAGUAUGUGGAUUCAAGUUAUAUGAACACUUCACAUAAACACAUAUCUGUAAAGAUUUGCUGUGUUAGGAAAUUAUCCAUCAGUAUAAACUGCACUUGGAACUAAUUACAUGACAUAAAAGGAGGGCUCCAGAAGCACACCAGAUACUAUAAUUUAUGAGCAUAGGUGCUAAAUUGCACCAGUAAAAUUGUCAGUAACAACUAAACAGCAGUUGGCUUUCCACAAGCUAAAAAAUAAAGGUAAACAUCUGAUUGAUUGCUAUUUUCAACUGCACUUAUGUACAUAAAUAAACACUAUUAUUUGUUUGAUCUUCAUCUUCAGACUUAUAUCCAAACCUAAACUUGAAUGGAAAAAAAUACAUCAAGCAGCUUUGUCAAAACUCUAUGCAAAUAGUUCUGUUUACUACAAACAUUUUUUUUUUGUUUUGUUUUUUUUUUUAAUUGGAGCCCAUUAUAUAUCCAUAAAUACAAAAUGUAUAUACAUGUUCAGUUAAGUACCUGCUAGAUAAUGUUACCCAUCGUGUAUUAUGUAUGUAAGGUAAUUUAUCUUAUAGCCCAUAUUCGUACGCUCACCUUUUAAUUUAUCAUAUGCAUAAUUCUUAUUAGCAUGAUAUAUAAAAGCAAUGAACAAACAAAGUGUAUAUUGUGGCCUUUUUUCUUUUAUGGAGAUGGAGUUGGUGUGUAGUUUGCUGCUGUGCAAUUAGAAAGUUAUGUUAUUUUUUAUUUUGAACACUUACACAGUUAUUAUGUUUGACCAGAUACAGUAAGGUAGAAGAAACUUUUUAUUUUCAUUUUUUCUCUUCACUUGUUUGGCAUACUGGCCAAAAGUGGAUCUGCACUGAUCUAGUUAUUUGCUCCUUGCUGAGCUGUCAGUCAUAUAUUGCCUCCCCCGACUUUAUGCUUCCGCCAUACGGUGACAGGUCCCCUUUAGCAAGGAUUUUCCCCCCAAAACCUCUGUGACUUCAUUAAUUCAAGCUGAAACAAUCACAAAUCUGCCCCUUACUGUUAUUGGUUGCUUUGGGCAAAUGUACCAGGGAAAUUUGUGUACUUGUGUAUUAUUUGUUUAUUAUUAUUAUUUUGAUUUCUGAUUGCUGUGUUCCCAAAGUGGCAAUGACUAAUGUUUUACCUAACUAAUGUUAGAGUGAAUUUGUGUAUUGUUCAUUUAAGCGUAAUAAACAUUCUUUUUUUAUAAA